UAAAUGUCAUUUUGGUAUCUAGCCAGCGUAGGUAGUUUUUGCAAAAUUUUCUUUGAAAUAUGCCGAAGUACUACAGGUUCAGGGCUUUGACGCCCACCCGUAAACCUAAACGGAGCAAAGACAAGGACAGAGAGAAGGAAAUGACAAAGGCGGAGACGGAACGUACGUGGCUGGAUUCGAUCGCGCUUGCGUGUGCGCCCGCGCCGUCAUGGUACCUGCGGCGUACGUCGUGGCGCCAGUCCCCGCCACUCAUGGGUCUUCCACGCCAGCUCUCCACCACACUGCGCUCCUCCUUCCAUCUCAGCAACCGUCCUAUUUUUGUCCUCAAAAUGCCCGCCACAGAACUCCUCAAAAUGUGACGUGACAAGGACGUAGUCACUCAAUCGGUUCAAAAAAAUCCAAUUCAUCUUAUUUUACAGAUCUAAUUUUGAAUUUUAACACAUUAUUUUUAUCAACAAGCAUGCUUUACGUAAAUCUGUGAGUUCCUCAUGUGCUAUAAAAUACAAACGUAAGGCCUAUUUUCGCAAAACGUUGACCUAUGGAUUUGUAUUCAUGACCUAUAACUUCGUAAAAACAAUAGGAAUAUUAAAUAAAUAUUGUAAAUUCGACAAGUACACUUCAAUGUCACUUUAAACUUUUUUGUUUGUUAUGUAAUUGUAAUAAAAAUUUGACUGUGUUCGUUACGCAUAAAGUCCUAAAAAUACUUGUGCAUCUUAUUGUUUGAU